AUGACGGGAAAUGUCGUUCUUGAAACAUCUAUGGGCCCAAUCACUAUAGAACUUUAUUAUAAUCAUGCACCAAAGACAUGCAAAAACUUUUAUGAAUUGUCAAGACGUGGAUAUUAUAAUAAUAUAAUAUUCCAUCGUGUUAUUCCUGAUUUUAUUAUACAAGGAGGAGAUCCGACAGGAACAGGUAGAGGGGGAUCAUCAAUAUACGGAGAUAAAUUUGAAGAUGAAAUACACCCAGAUCUUAAACAUACGGGUGCAGGAGUAAUAUCUAUGGCAAAUUCAGGCCCAGGAACAAAUGGAUCUCAAUUUUUCAUUACACUCGCAGCAACACCUUGGUUAGAUGGAAAACAUACCAUUUUUGGGCGGGUAAAGCAAGGAAUGAAAGUAGUUCAACGAAUAGGUCUUGUCAAAACAGAUUCAAAUGAUAGACCAGAAGAAGAUAUAAAAAUUAGAAGAGCUAUAGUUACAGAUCUAUAA